CGCGGUGGAUCCAGCAAUAAUGUGGCAGUUGCCACCGGCUGCCACGAUGCGCCAGCGCUUCCUGAGCUUCCUCGCGUCGACCGAGCCGGCGCCCAAGCCGCGCGGCAGCCAUCUCCGGCCGCCGUCGGCGUCGCUUGCGGCGAGCGCGACCAUGAGCCGCAACCAGGUCGUGAUCAAGGCGACGCCGGUCGGGCCCGCCGAGGCCCACUACACACAGUACACGAUCAUCUGCUCGCAGCCGGGCUCGUACCAAUGGUGGGUCGCGUUCCGGCGCUACUCGGAGUUUGUGACGUUCCGCAAGCAGUGCAGCAAAGCACUCAAGGGCGUCCAGAAGAGCGACCACGCGCAGGCGCUAUCACCAUUUACGGACUCGCUCGUCGCCCUAGGGCGCUGUCCGUUCCCGCCGAAGCACUUCAUCGUUGACGACGCCGAGAUCCUCGCCGAGCGAAAGGCCGGCUUGGCCAUCUUUGUCGAGCACGUGCUCUCGAGCUACGACGACGCCCGACGGCUCGUGACGAUGCUUGGCGUCGCCCAGAGAGGUCUCGUCGAGGCGUGGCUACGCCUGGCGACCGCCUUCCUGGUCGUGCCACCAGAUGCACGCACGUCGCGCCGCCGCCACACGACACUCUGCGCCGCGGAUGCUGUCUGCUCGAUCUGCCUCGGGAGCAUUGACGACAAGGGCGACGACGAUAAGCGGAGCGCCGGCGCGGUCUUUGAGACCAAGUGCCACCACCAUUACCACCGCAAGUGCAUCUUGCCGUGGCUCGAGAAGACGCAGACGUGCCCCAUGUGCCGCCACCGCGUCGUCUCCGGGCGCUGGUACUGACUUAUCGAUUUGUGAAUGUUUUUUGUAUUUAU